UAACAUGAAGUUAAAAUCAUUUAGAUUUUAGUUUUACUCUUUGAUAAAGAAAAAUGUCCACACAUGGAGGCCAUUUUGUAUUUAAUCUCUUACUUUUAUUACUAGCAGCUAGCUUGUAGCAACUGAGAGAUCAGUUGUUUGCUGCUAUAUAACAGGUAGGCUACCUAGCUAACAGCUAAAGAAUUUAAACAGAUUAAAUUUAUUCCAAUGUAAGUCCACCAGUUGCUACAAGCUACACACCAAUAGCAAAGUUAGCUCAUUGCCAAAAUAAGUAUAGUUUGGGUUAAUUUAAAAAAAGUUGCUACACGCUAACUGCUAGCACACAACAAUAACACAUCAAAUAGAAGCUGAACGUCACUACUGCCUAAAACAGGAUUUUACCUUGUGUGUCAGCUGCUACAAGCUAGGUGCCAAAAACACAAAUAUCAGGAAGGUUAUAGUACUAGAAAGCAUAAUAUAUUUAAAUAUUUAAAGAAAACAAGCUGAGAGCAUACAGCUAGAAAUGCUAGCUUAUUGCUAACAUAAGGUAUUACCCCAUUAGCAUAGGUUAAUUUAAAAAGGCUUAUCUAGAAUUAGAUAGUUUAGCUUCAGUGCUGGAUUUAGCUAGCUAGCAUCUUUCAGCUGAAAUUCAUUACAGUGUUAGUCAACCAGUUGCUACAAGCUAGCUGCUAGCUCACAACAAUAACAUUAAACAGAAACUGAAUGUCAUUGCUGCCUAAAAUAGCAUGUUAGCUUGUCUACCAGCUGCUACAAGCUAGCUGCUAACAAACCACAAUAGCAAAUACCAAAAUUUGGUCAUUCCAAAUAUAAAAUAUCAAAACAAACAUCAGGAAAAACAAGCUGAGAACACACCGCUAGCAGUGUUAGCUUGUUGCUAACAUGCAGUUUUACCCCCUGAGCUGAUCUAGAAUCAGAUAGUUUAGCUUUAGUGCUGGACUUUAUACAGUUUUUAGUGUUUGAAACGCUAUGAAAAAACAUUUUUAGUUAAUUUCAUCUAUUUAAUUUGACAGAAUCUAUAGAAUAACAGCAGAAUGUUAAAAAAAACUGUUUAAGACCUUUAUUUUUCAGUUUUAGUGAACAUUCAUCUGUUUUCUGCUGCCUAAAAUCAACAAACGCUCUUCAGAAACAGUCUAACAUGUUCUGAUGUUUGGACCAGAACCAGGAGGGGAUUCUGUGGGUUCUAAUGAGAACCAGCCAUGAAGUCAACAUUUACAUUUUAUCUGAUUCUGCUGCUUCUCACAUAUUUUUCUACAGAUGGUUUUCCUCCACAGCAGAACUCUGGAGAACCAGAAAACGCUUUACAUGACAUUUAAACACAUUUAAGCACAUUUAAAUGACAUUUAAAGGAUUUUUAAACACAUUUAAAGGACAUUUAAAGGGCAUUUAAACACAUUUAAAGAUUUAAGUGCAUUUAAAUGACAUUUAAACACAUUUGAACACAUUUAAACAGCAUUUAAACAAUAUUUAAGCACAUUUAAAUGACAUUUAAAUGACAUUUAAAUGACAUUUAAACGACAUUUAAAUGAAAUUUAAACACAUUUGAACGACAGUUAAACACAUUUAAACACAUUUAAUGUAGUUUUCCUCCAAAUAAAUUUAAACCAGCUUCAUGAUUAAUAGAAACUUCUGUGCAGCUGCUGAGUUGGAAUAAAAGCAUACCUUAAAUGAAACAUUAAUAUUUAUAGAAGGCCAUCUGGUUUGUGUCUGGUCAUAAAGAUAACACUGAGCUUCAUCUGCAUCCUCGUCACGCUGCUUCCUGGUUCCCCGGUUGCUAUGGUUACGGCUGCUACUUCCUGCUGCCGGUCCUGGAGGUUUGAAAUGUGACGAUUUUGUGUUUUUAUUGUUAUUUUCUGCGUUUUUAUAGGUAUUUUAUGUGUUUUAUUGUUAUAUUGUGUGUUUCAGUAGUUAUUUUGUGUUUUCAUAAUUAUUUUGUGUGUUUUUAUAGUUAUUUUAUGUUUAUUGAUAUUUUGUGUAUUUUUAUAGUUAUUUCAUGUUUUAUUGUUAUUCUGUGUGUUUUUAUAGUUGUUUUAUGUUUUUAUUGAUCUUUUGUUUAUUUCAUAGUUAUUUUGUGUGUUUCUUUUACCCACAGCUGCUUGUCUGACAGUUUAUGAUCCCAUAAAGCAGCAGAUGAGGAUCAGGCGAGUUAAACUUUAACCAGAUAGAAACAUCCUCUGACAUCCUCCAGGACAGGAAGUGUGUGUCUGUGUGUGUCACCUGCUCAGGUAAAACCACUGGCUGCAGUUUAUAACGUAGAUUCAGCUUUAAAGACCAUUUAAACCAGUUGGAGGAAGAAGAGCGACGCCAGUGAAGACUGGGAUCAGAGAUGGAGCGCUGUUGUCAUGGAAGCGAACCCCCUGAUGUCCUCAGCAGGUGGUUCGGUUGCCACGGUGACAACCAGCGCAGCGUCCUGACACUGAACGUGCUGUUGCUAGGCGACAGGCAGAGUGGGAGGAGCUCCGUGGGGAAUGCUCUGAUUGGUGGACACGAGUUCCAGACAGGCGUCUGCAUCGGAGGCGUCUCCAUGACGACCAGCUGUCACCUCCUCAGCCGAAGGUUUCCACGGUGCUUCAGACGUCAGGGCACGGAGUCUGACCUGCUGCUCAGAGUGGUGGACACGCCCCCUCACAUGCCCCGCCCACACACCGUGCACGAGCUCUGCCCUGAGGGCGUGCACGUCAUCGUCAUCGUAGUGAGAGUGGACCAGCAAGAAAACACACAACUGAUGGAACACACAGAGGCUCUCUUGGGUCCAGAGUUUCGUCGUCACUCCAUUAUCGUUUUCACUCAUUCUGAUAGUCUCAAAGAGGCGGAGCUUCACCCGUCCGUCUUCCUCAGCCGGGCCCCUGAUUGGUUGAGAGCUCUGGCCGAUGAGGCGGGGGGCGGAGUCUGUUUCCUGGACAACAGCUGUGAUUGGCCGUCGAUCCGAGGGCAGCCUCUGAGGGAACAGAUGCUCCGCCUCUCUGCAGUCCAGACAGAGGUCUCACUCUGAGGCAAAGUCUGGAGACGAUUCACACGUUAAAAACACGUUAAAAACACGUUAGAGUCCAGACAGAGGUCUCACUCUUAAAUAAAGUUUAGAAACACAGCUGGGAACAGAAAACACCAAAAUAAAGUAAAAUAAAAUAAACAUCUUCUAAAAAUACAAGAAGUUUCCUUUAAUUAAAAUAGAUUUCUAAACCUCUUUUAAUGUCAUUCAUUUUGUAUUUUCAAGUGUUAAACUAUUGAAAAACCAAUGAAAUGAAAUGAUAAUGUGUCAAAAUAUGUUUUAAUGAAAAUAUUAUUAUUAGUUGGGUUUUAAUAGACGAUUUAAUGUCAAAAAAAUCUAAAAUUACAAUGACUUUUCUGUUUGAUUUUACAGUUUUAAUUUGAAAAACAAUAUUUGCAUCAUUAAAAAUGACAUUUUUUCUC